AUGACACGACUGAAUUUUCUGUCCGAAUUAGAGGGAUCGAUGUGCAAUAUGUGUCCAGAAAUGCCUCCGGACGUGAUACCUGAGGUUGCAUGUGCCACUGAAACUGAUGAAAAUGACGUGGACCUCGGGACAACCUGCCAACCGUUGCCAGAAUUAUGUGUAGCUGAAUUGCGACAAAGCUACGGAGGAUUAGCGAAUAUGAGUAUCGGAACAAUGGGUAAUGGCAGCGGCACAGCAGCGACACCGAAUCGGAUAAAGCCACUCACUCGGAUGCAGCAGUUGGAAACGCAACAAGCAAUCCUUUCUCCCCCAAACCUGUCAAAUUUACCAGAGAUCUUUGCAGUAACGGUUACGGCGCCUCCAAAAUUAGCAGGCGUUUUGAGACCACUUCAGGAUAAAACUGUAAAUGUAACUGUCGGGGCUCCAUCAUUAUCUGCAACCGCGACGCUACCAUUUACAAGCUGGGAAUAUUCAGAAGAGAGUGCCGAAAAUCAAAUUGACGAUUUUGAAACAGCGACGUUCACCGGCGAGCAGCAGGAGCACCCAGAUGUGACCACCGAACACAAAAAUGUUUUCAAUGCGGUAAUGGUGGACGACAAGCAUCCUUCUUCUGAGCAGUCGUCCUUUAGCACUCCUGACCUACAAACAGUUGAAAAUCCUAGAAUACUCGAUAACGUCAACAGAAUUAAAACGGGAGACCACCGGCUAGUCUCAGUAGAGCGACAGGUGCUUACAGCGGCUAAGCAACGUGGAACAUCGCCACACAUACCAGUCCAAACCACUCCUGCCUCUCAGCAUCAUCCGACCUCAGUUACAGAUUUCCACUUGGUUGAAAAAUCGAUGAUGCUCGGUGAGUAUGAUACUGAAGUUACUGUGUCAGGUGUCCACUUCAACGCUAAUUCUCGCACCACUGUAACCAUUAGUCCAUCCAAAGGAUUUUUUUCAACUGCUACCACAGCCCCGCCAUUUCAACUCGGCCAGAUGAUGUUUUCGAAUGACUUCACUACUAAUCCAUCAAUAACAACCAGAAAAACCAAUACGAAUACCAUUCCGAGUAUAACCCGUGCAUCAUCCACAGCCCAUCCAUAUUCCGGACUCUUCCUCAAAGUGCCACUAUUUCGACAAAAGCUAGUGUCAGAAACUGGACUCCAACUAACAAGUACUACCGCUACUAAUGGCAUAACAAUCGCCGAACCUAUGACAACAAUCACAACAACAGCACCCGCACCGACCGCAGCAUUAAGAACAACCCCACCACAGACAAAAACAGCAACGACACCGACACCGGCAACAACAACAUUGACACCAGCAACAACAAGAAAACUACCGAUACCACUGAAAACAGCAGCACCACGGACAUCGCUUGCAGUACCUGCAACGACAGUAUCAUUUACGACAUUAGCUACGCUAGCAGCAUCAUCACUGGCAACUUCACCAGCGACAGCAACAGUGCGAUUACCCGCAUUAAAAAUACCACCAUCAGCAGCAACAGUAGCUACAAAAACAACUGCCUCAGAUACAAUUUCCUCUCCUAGGGAUACUGUGACGAGCAUAGCUUCUACCACGGGUAAGCAGCUAGUAGAUGCUCGCCCCGCUCACUUCUUCAGCAGUUCGUCAGGCACCGAAACACCACAGAACAGGCCAACAACAAUCAGUUCGGCAAGCACAAACGAAACAGUCCCUCAAAUGAUGAUUUACUUUCGUGAUAGCCAGGGAAGACUGCGACUGCUGGCACCAGAAAUUUCCGAAUCAGCAGCGCCAUUUAGCAAUUCUUCAAUGACACGUCCAGAAAAUACUGGUUCAUUCUCUGGUGUUCUCGAGCAAGCCGCCGCAAACAGCGCCAAAGAACAACUGCUCACAUCAAACACCUCCGCUUACGUUGCAGUCAGUGGCGCUGCUACCAGUACGGUGGCACAAACUACGGAAGAUGAGUCACAAUUAUAUGAGCAACUGAACACAAGCGAAUCUGCGUACAGACCACUAGUGCUAGGAUUACCGGAUGAUGAACAAGAUGCGAGGGCAACAGUGUCUAAUGGCACUAGGCCAAUAAAUUAUAUUGACACUCAAAUGCCAGCGAUUCCCAGCGCUAGCUUACCGAGAGUAGACACCAGGCCACUGCCAAACAACAGUGUUCUCCUGGGCACAGCGGUGCCGUUCAAGGAAGAGCCACCGAUCGCAUCACUUCUUCUGUUCUCAGGCUAUGAACCGAGUGCUAUCGAAGCACCUCAACCGUACGGGCAGGUGGUGAGUGCUGUGGAGCGAACCUAUAGCCACAUCAUUGCAGUGGCACCGCAAGCGUACCUACACCUGAAACCAGUGGACGGUGUGCAAGGAAUGCACAGUUUGGAAGCGCAGCAACAAGCACACGAGGGAACUGUAGCUGGGGCGGGUUACGGUCAGGGACUUGUCACAAAUACGGACCAAUUCAGGAACACUGAUGAAUCACCGAUUCCAUUAGCUUUCUCAACGCAGCGACCUCUACUCGCUACAGGCGAGCAGCACGUUUCUGGCGAAGCGCAGUCAUCAUCCAAACACCGUGCAAAGGAGGAUACAGUUCAAGAUAAGCACGUUAGCAAAACGGAUCCAGGAAGUCCUGCCUGCGACGAUAAACACGAGCUCUGCUGUUUCUGGGCGACGGUUGGUGAAUGCGAUAGUAAUCCGUAUUGGAUGCGAAUACAGUGUGCUAAAACUUGUGUGAGAGAAGCAAAAAGAUGUGUAUCAACGGGCAUUCGCUGUUACCUCGCACCGGCGUCGGCUACAACAGUAAAUCAGUUUCCAACGAUAUCGAGUACGAGAUAUUCCGAUCGAAGAGGCAAUUCAGUUGUGUAUGCAUUCCCCAAAGCAACAACUUUCAUCGCCACCGCAACUUUUCCGGAGUUCACACAGUUGCCGGAAAUCCAGAUUUCCCCCACACUGCAGUAUCACAACGAAGAAAGUCAUGAAGUGCAGUCUCAACCUUUUAUUGCACAGGCUUCAUACGAAGCGCCAAAACGGGCACCACGACGCACAACUGAAAUGCCACAUAUGACAACGCCAGUAGCAGCGUCAGCAGUAUCAGAAACAUGCUAUGAUCAUAACAGGCAUUGCAAAUUUUGGGCGGAUUUGGGAGAAUGCGAACGAAAUCCGUUUUGGAUGAGAUCUAACUGAUGCGCAAACGACCACAGGCACUGUCAGUUCUGGGCACUUAGUGGCGAAUGUGAAAUGAAUCCAAACUGGAUGCAACUGCACUGUCGUCUUAGUUGUCAGCUUUGUUGA